UCUUGAUAAGAUAACAUAUGGUGACACAUGGUCGCAUCUAAAAUGCUAAAGAUUUGUGUAUUGAAUACAACAUUAUUAACGACUAGCAAAACCUAAUAGCUGGAAUUUAUGUAUCCGGAUUGCUAUAGUCUAUUUUGAUCACAUUUUGGUACGUGUGCAAUCAGUCGUAAAUUUAGCUGCUCGUCCUUGUAAAAUAUAAGUAGGCUAUUGACUGGAGGUGGAUUACAUAACCCAUCACAAGUCAUUUUGUUGGAGUAAAGGAUAGUGUCUUGCUCUGUUCAUAUGUAAUAAGAAUAAAAAUGGCAGUUUUUAAUUCGAUAAAAAAAAGAAAAUAGUGCCGCAUGUGUGAAGUACAUACAUUCUAAACAUGGAUAAGGAACAACUAAAUACAUCCGGCCUGAGAGAGGAGCUGAACAAAAACAUGGCACAUACUGUACUUCCGGUUACUAUUUUCAUUGGGAUGGAACAAGUUUUCGGAUUCUUUGGAAACAUUUUAAUUCUGAUAGUGUACUCUGGACGGUAUAAGCGUACUAAUUUUCGUUACUUCGUGAUAACAAUGGCUACACUGGACUUCACAAGUUGCUGCACAACACUUCCAGGAGAAAUAUUUUCACAGUUAAACUGGUAUGAUUACAAAUACGAAUGGAUUUGUAAAGUUAAAUCUUACUUCAAUGUUUUCACUGCAUGGGGUUCAGCGUCCAUUCUGCUCAUAUUAGCAAUUGACAGAUACCGGAAAAUAUGCCGACCUCUCAAGUGGCAAAUUCAGCCUGCACAUGCUUUGAAAUUGUGUUGCUGUGCAUUGAUUUUGUCCAUACUUGUUUCUGUUCCUGUCCUUUUUCUUUGGGGCGAACAGGAAUACAUUUACGAAAACAAUGGAUGGAACGUUACCGUCUCUGUUUGCGAAAAGUCUGGAAAAUACGCACACACUAUAUAUCCUCUUGUUUAUAUUGGAAGCGUCUAUUUUAUUCCGGUAGGUUCUAUGAUAUUUGUUGCCGGGACGUUGAACUUUUUGACAGCGCAGAAAUUUUUCGGUCAUAAGUUGAUAGUAGCACAAGAAGUUAAGAAAUAUUCUUCACCAGCAGAAACUUCAAUUAAUUCUACGUUGGAUACACACGUAAAGACAGAUAGUUCGUCUGUAGAACCCUGUAGUGCAACAGUACAAACUAACAUGGACUCGUCUGAUGAUUCGGAUGCAAAAUAUGACAAUAACGACCAUUCCAAAGUAAUCCAUCAUGAAAAAACAAGACUAAAGCAUGUAAAACAGCCAGGAUUGUACCGGAAGCGGAAAACAAUUAUAAUGUUGGUGCUGACGUCAGUGUUCGUGGUUACCAUGGCAGUUUAUGUAAUUCUCGUAAGUCUGGUGGCACAACCUGGCGGUAUUCUAAAUGAAAUGUCAAAUUCAACAAAAGUGAUCUUUUUCUUUUUCUUACGUUUAUAUUUUAUCAACUGUGUUGUAAAUCCGAUCCUAUACGGAUUUAUGGACCCAAGAUUUCGUUCCGGACUGUUGUCGUACGUACAUAAAAAGCAUAAAGAUAUGUGGGGCAAACCGAACGUGUCCCAGAGUUCACAUUGAAACAUGUAACUUACACCUGUUCCAAACGACAUGUAAAGUUCGAAAUCUCGUGCAUGUAUAUAAUAAUCCUGUAACAUUUAAUGACGUGCGUUAUGUUUUGUUAAUGCAGCUAUAUAAACUUUCGGUUUAUAUAAGGAUUACACGUUUUCUUAUUUUUUCAUAAAUACUAUUUUUGCAAAUUGUAUAUUUAAGGUCGGACACUUGGACAGAAGUUUUCAUACUGUAGGGCCGAAACUAUGGAACCAACUACCAGUAGAAGUGAGAAAUUCUGAUUCGGUAGACACUUUUAAGAAAAGGCUCAAAACACUGUUUUUUAAAAGGUUUGAAUCAUGGUUAUGAUCAUUUCUCUGUUGGUGGCCUGAAUAUGGUAGAGACGCUGAGUAUACUCUACUAUGUAGUGUGAUCGACGUAUGCUUUAUACGCAAUGUUGUAAUUUUGUUGUACAGAAAUUUUGUCAAAUAUGUCGUGUUUCAUUGUUUGAUACCAUUUUGUAUAUAAUUCAUCAUGAUUUUUCGUUUUUAAUUUAAUGUACAACGCCAGUGAAUAUAUUAUGUGUAAAAUUAGGCGUUUAAUCAAAUAAAGCAGUUUCAGUUUCACUACCAUCCAUUGAAAUCUCAAAAAUCAAAUACUGUGAAAGUUCACAUAUUAUUCUUAUAUUUAUUUUAGUUAAGUUAACUGCAAAAACUGUAUACAAGCAAAACCAACAACAAAUAUUUUUUUGUUAUUAAUGUUCCAUUGAAAUCAUUGAUACACUAAAGGAGAGUUGCUGAUUUUUAAAGCAUGUUUAAAAGUACUUUGAAAUGAGCUAGAGAACUUCUGCCAUAACGUGGAUACGAGUAUAUAAUAUCACAUACCUUGAGAACUUCGUCAUAUCUUGGAGAACUAAUGAAAUAUAACCAUGAAUUCCGCCAUAACUUAGAGAACUAAUGUCACCUAUCCUUUAAAACUUCUUUCAUGUCUAUAUAAAAUAACACGGAGAACUUUUGUCAUUUAAUGGAUAACUCGAUGCCACAUAACUGGGCGAACUUAUAAUGUCACAUACCCAAUACCUCGGGGAACUUAUGUCACAUAUCCUGAAAAACGUCUACCAUACGUCAAAACAUAAGAGAAACGUUUGAUAUCGCUAUUCUUUCAAAAAAGAAACAAACAAAAAUACGACAUAAGGACUUAAUGCUUAGUUUUUAUAUUUGCUGACUUUUUCUUUUUAUUUACUAUCUUUAAAUAUUCAUAAUUGCAUAGCAAAAUACUUGUAUUCAAUGAUUUGAAACUUUAUCUUCCUCCACAAUCAAAGCUGGAAAGUCGUCAUAUGACCUAUAAUUGUGCCGGUGCGAUGUUAAACUCAACAAAAUUACGAACAAACUGACGCAGUACUAUGGAACGCCGCAUCUGCCUAAUGUCGGGACAUUUCAUGUUCUCAUGUCAGAGCGUGAUGUUAACUUGUCAAAACUGUGUCUUACUAUAUUAACUAGCCAAGUUAUCUUGUCAGUACGUUGUAUUAACUCUUUUUAUGUUAAAAGCUAUGUUAUCAAGUCAAGUUGUGAUAUUAACUUGUCCAAAUAGUGUCUUAUUAUGUUAACUAGUCAUGUUAUCAUGUCAAAGUAUGAUAUUGUUUGCAGUGUGUUAUUAUGUUAAAAAGCUCUGCUAUCUUGUUAAAGUAUCGUGUGAUCUUUCUACAGAGCAUAUUAUUGUAGGAUAACGAGGUUAUUUUCAUGUUAUAACGUCUGCAGAAUCUCGAGGGAUUGGUUGGUGCCGGAGCCCUUAGGGUGAGCGUACCAACGUAUCCCGAGGGAUUCUGAAGAUGUUAUAACACGAAAUGAACAUGCUCUAAAACACUCCGAAAAGUGACAAGAACAGCAGUUUUAUUCUCGAAUAUGCAAAACUGCAAGGUAAUGAUGAUCAUUACGAAAUAAAAGAGCAUAUCAAUGUUUCUAUUCACUGACUCCAGACACCGUAUAUCGUAAAUUGUGCUUUUGAAGUUAGAGUCUGAGAGUUGCAGAUAUCCGUUGUGGAAGAAUUCUGUCUUGGACAGCGGAAGUUUUCCUAAUAGAACGUUCGGAAAUUCUUGGAUUGUAACAUGAACCAUUUAAGUGAUUUUUUACAGGAAAACAGCAAAUCGAAGUUUCGAUUGUUUACAAAAACUGUGUUCAAUCCGGAUAUACUUUUUUUGUAAAAUCUAAAGAUAGAAACUUUAUUCAAUUUGCUGAUAAGAUAACGCGUGAUGAUAUAUUGGCGUUUCUGAAAUUAUAAAGAUAUAAUUAUAGUGUGUCUCAAAAUAUCUAAUACUGUUUCGAACCUAGAUCAUGUACUGGUAAAUUAUUAUAACUCGUCCGCUAGGCGCUUGAAUGUAUAACCCAUUCACAGAACUCUAACGAUGGGCUGAGGUCCGGCAAGUGUGGCGGCCAUUCUGUUCGCGUUUUUAGUGUGAUUAGAUUGUCGACAAAUUUCUCUCCCAACCAGUUUGGAGCUUGCAUGGCUGUUUAGGGCGCGUGUACAGUCUUGUUAAUAGCAUGUGUUAUCAAUAUUACUGUCUCAUCUUAGAACUGGUACAAAUUUAGAUUUAUUCAGAUUCGAAUACCUUUCACUCGUUUACAUUAGCAGCUUCUCCAUUUCUAUUUUUCAUAGAAAAAUAGAAAAUUUAAAUCAUUCCUUGACUGUGAGGUAAAUGCUGUACAAACUGACAUCUUAUUGUCGUUAUAUGGCAUUUCUAUAUAUAAUAUACUUAAUUUUUACCUCGACUUUUCAAAGAAAAAGUGGAGCUUUUGCACUCGCCCCGGCGUCGGCGUCGGCGUUGCCGUUAGUUAAUGAUUUUGAUCAAGUCAUAUGUCACUGUUACUGUUGAAACUUAAAAUAGUUAUUUAUUAUCAAAGUCUACAACUGGAGAAACUAUCUCCAUAACUUUUAUUUGAAUUUUGACAAAGUUAUGCCCCUUUUAACUUAGAAUGUUUUGGUUGAAGUUUUUGAUAAAUCCAAAUAUUAUUGACAGAGUUAUGUUCCUUUUAACUUAUACUUUUUUUUGAAAGUUUUAUAAGGUUUUUACCGGCAAAGCUCUAAUUCAGAGUCAAACACUUAGAAAAGUCGAGCGAGCUGUCUUUCGGACCGCUCUUGUUAAUAUCCCCGAUCUGUAAGCAGGUUAAUUUCAGAGAAGAAUGAAUGUCGGAAUGUUUAAGCAAAAAUGGCAAAUAUUUUUUCAGUUUAAAUUCUGAUUUUCGUCAAAAUUGUUGAAAUAUUAAGUACAAUAAAUUAAAGAUAAUGUUUGCGUA